AUGGUCUGCAGUGCGUGGGCCAUGUCGCAGCACCUCAAGUGCCUGUCCGUUCUGCCACUCGUGGCCUCAGCGUCUUGGAGUCUCAUCCACAGCACGUCUCGACCUGCCGCCCGUUCGUGGCACGCGGGCGCAUGGGAUGUGGCGAGCCGGCAGCUUUGGGUGCAUGGCGGCUCCAGCAUGGAGGCGGUCUUCGAUGAUCUGUGGAUUUUGAACGUCGAUUCCGGUGGCCUGUGGCUUCAGUUGUCCAACGACGCGGGGCCGACGCCGCGCGAAGACCACGCGGCAGUGUGGGGCGGCACGGCCCUGUGGCUGCACGGCGGGCGCACGGAGGAAGGCGGCUUUGCCCAGGACCUUUGGCGCUUCUCCGCUGGAGCUUGGACCCGUUGGACCUCUUCGCUUGGACGCCCUGCAGCGCGCAGCGGGCAUGUGGCGAUCUGGGAUGAUGUGAAUGACUUGCUGUGGAUCCACGGUGGAUAUUCUGGAGACUAUGCAGAUCUCCACCACGACCUCUGGAGCUUCGACCCGUCCUCCUCCAACACAUCCGCCUGGCGCAGUCCGAUGGUCCGGAGGGAUCUGCCCCAGCCCAGUGGGCGCGCGUAUCACGCGGCGGCGUGGGUUCCGGAGACGGAGAGCCUUUGGAUCCAUGGUGGGUAUGACGGCAGCCGCUUCGGCCGGGUGAAGGGGCACGGCUCAUGGGAAGGCUCAGUGGAUGUUUGA